CUUUGUCUCCCUUCUCCCUCCCCAGUAUUAAACUAAACUUAACAUUGUUUUAUCUCUGUUGUCCCAAUGAUAGAGGUAUAUUCUCGUGCUGGCUGUUUGCUGGCUCUUACAAUACUUUAUCUGUGUAGUUUUGAAAUAUCAAAGGGAAAACUCUUUGCGCGUUUUGACAAAGGUUCUGGAUCGUCUACACCAUGAAGCUCAGAGAGGCCGAGCCAAAAAUGCACUAUGAUUGCAACUCAAGUCAAGGCGCCAGUGGUUUACCAUGGCACACUCUGAUGGCGCACGAUUCGGAGCAAAGGAAAGGGAUAAUGUCACCGCUUACUCCCACGCAGGUUGGUCGGAAGUUGCCGUGAAUUGUUUGCUCUUUCGGCUGAGUCUUGAAAACGACCAAAACGGGAUGGACCAACAACCUCUUCUACCUACUAGUUUCACCGCACCUUUCUACACCAAUGAAAUCUUUAACAACUACGCAUAACGAUGGCUAUGCUUUUUUCACAUUCACAUAAGGGGAGCGGGAUCUUUCCAUAGCAGAAUGGAAAGUAGCCAUAAUUCCUGGCUCACAAUAUAGCGUACUAUCCGAGUAGUACUCGGAAAGGUUUUCUAUCGAGAAGCUUACCUGACAAUAUUUAGCCGCCAUUACUGGAUUUCGAGAUGUCAACUGAUGCCAAAAUCUCAUCUGAAAGGGAAACCAAGUUACCAGCAGAAGCGAAUGAAAGGAGAAAUGCGAGUUGUGAACGUGAGCUUAACCUAACAACACAGGAGCCCCCGGACAUCAAUCCGAAACCCGAAUCCCAAUCCGAACCUGGUCGUAUACUAGAUUCUCAGAUUGCAGAGGAGCCUCGGACGCUCCGCAAUUCGAUUCAUACCUGAGUAGUUCCUGUUUUAACCGACCUUUUGGCGCAAGAGGAUGAUACUAAGAAACGGAUAACUCUAUACGAAAUAGAUACGAAAAUAGAUGCUAGCAUAUUUCGGUACGUCUGCUGGGCCAGGACACCUUUGCAAAAGACGAAGAUUACUUCAAAGAAUAUAUUUUUGGACGAGCGAUUGAAUUGCGCACCUUGAUGCGGUGUCCGCCCGGCCGAUAUCGAGUUGCCCCUCCGCAUGCCACGCUAAGGUUAAUAGAUGGCAGCCCAUGGUCAGUCAAGACAUAACAUAAGGGGAUCACGGAGGUUAGCAGAUAGGCGAUCAAAAACGCCAGUGUUGUAUCACACUGGUUGUCCCUUGGACUGAACUAUAUAUGUAUUCUUUUUCAACAUUGCGAAUCCGACUACGUCGAGGCCCCCUAGGUUAGCGAUGACAGAGAAUCUAGUUAUAGCGAUGAGGGGAACUUUCGGGGGUCUAGAGGAGGAUGACUCCGGGUUGUGUUAUGAUGGAGUCACCGAGCCUGAAAACGACGGGCCUUUGCAGCCUUGCGACAGCGGAUUACCCUGAACCUAGCAACAACGGUGCUAGCGAAUAUAGCAAUGAGUAGGCCUGCAACCCUAUAUACAUACGA